CAAGUACUUCUCCCUCAUCUCAGCAGCCAUCAACCGACGAUAAGGCAAACCUUGGCGACUGAGUCAUCACUCUGAAUUUCACCUCACGCCCUUAAACAAUCAAAGAUUCACAUGCAGCGAUUCACAUCUCAUUACGGCCCGCAUCUGCACCAGUAACCUUGACUUCUCCCACGCCCUUUUGGUCGUUGUGCACACAUCGAAAGUCAUCGAAACUGGUGCCGGACGUGCCAAGAAACCGUUGACAAGGCUGAAUCUACACCUGGCAUGAUCAGGUCAACAGGUCCCAUCUCUUUGCAUUGAUCGGCUCUUUACAUAUUCUCAGGCUUACGCGAACAGUAUCACCCUUCGUCUCUGAUCAUUUUGUCUUUUCUCCUCCCUUCAGACCUAUGGUUUCGCCCAGCGCUUUGGGCGCCACGAUAUCAGAACAACGUCAAUCAAACACAUCAGACGACGGAUAGGUCCAACAGCACCUGUUAUGUUCUCAAAAUCCAUUCAACUAACCACUGUUUGGUGACCAACGAGCCUGUCAAAUGAAGGCAUGGGUUCCGGCUUCUUCCGUCGACCUACUGAUGACAGCUCAAGUUCUGACACCGAUGACUCUGAACCGGAUACUGGCGUUGGUGAGAACGGCGUGAGUCAAGAGGCAGCUGAGAACUUUACCACCGAGUCCAUAUCCAGCAAUGGCAGCAUCUCGACGGGUGAUGUUCAGGAUGGAGUCUCCGCAGGCUACGGCGCUGUCGAUCAACAUCGAAACAUGCUUCUUUCAGCCCUGCUCGAAGACUUUGUUCGAAAUCGUGCCUGUGAAGAGAUGAACAAGGCCCACCCGGGAAGGAACUUCACUCGCCAUUCCCCUGAGAUACAACCACUUGCCCAACAGCUAUUUCAGCGGGCAAGCCAGCCUUUGGCCCGCAAUGGUUGGAUCACGCCCUCAUCUGCGGGUGAAAGUGCAGCUAGCAUGCAAGCAAGAGCGACGUACUUGGCAGGAGUAGAAAACUUAGCUUUGAGCAGCAUUCAAAGUGACCAUCUGUUGCAACAAACAAACCAAGUACAGCGUCGAUCAACUGAACAGGCCCUGGCGGUCACUCGUCAAGGCAAUCCGGUCCAAUCUUUUGCCCAAGGCCUUCAGCAAUCUAUGGCCAGCUUGUCUCUCCAUGGGAGGAAUGCCCAAGUACCUUCACCUUACUCUGACAUGGUCUUUUCUUCUCCCUCUCCACGGCCAAGCCACUAUGAAUCAAGUUUCCAACAGAUAAAGUUCUUGGGUCGAGGUGGUUUCGGCGCGGUCUAUCAUACGCACAACCUCUUUGACCAAAAGGAAUAUGCUGUCAAGAAGAUUCCCCUUAGCCCCCGACUAUCUCGAAGGUAUAGAGAAUCCGGACAUAGGGAAUUAGAAAAUAUUCUCCGAGAAGUGCAAGCCCUGGCACAGCUGGAGCAUAACAACAUCGUCAGAUAUCAUGCCACCUGGAUCGAGGAUCCCAAGGAGGAAUCAUCCAACCCGGGUGCUUAUGGACCGCAAAAAACCCCCAGCUUGACAGUCCAAGGAAGACGGCUUCUCGAAGCAGCAGUGGCAUCUCCGUCGGGGAUUGACUCGGCCAGAUCAAUUGGGCUUCGACAUUCUCCGCCACGCGACAUCAGAGCGGUCGAUAAAAGUGACGAUGUUGUGUUCGAACUAGAUAGCCACGAGGAAGCUCUCACACAUGGCCAUGGCUCACCGUCGAGGAAACUGGCCACCAAUUUCCCGGUAUCUGCACAGCCUAGCGAGAAUGACUCGAUGACAUCGUCGGCACGGCCUUCUGAGAUCUUUUCCGAUGGCAACGCUGUACAGAGGCCUACAAAUUUAAGAGAUGGCAUACAGGACUCUUCGGUCUAUGUCCUUUAUGUGCAGAUGUCGCUAUACCCAACAACACUAGCGCAGCAUCUCGCACCUGCAACACCCACAGACUCGCAUACAGGAUUGGACACGGCGGCAGGCUCAGGGACCAGGGACAUACCCCGACACUGCUUCCACUUGAUCCCUGCACUGAGAAUACUGAUGGGAAUCCUGUGUGGACUGCAAUAUAUCCACGCCAAAGGACUUGUACACCGAGAUAUCAAACCUAGCAACGUGUUCCUAGCCGGCAUGGACCUGGCGAGCGAAUCUCUAGUGCCUGACGGUUUCUUCGACGUUGGAACUUGCACCGCUUGUGGAAAGCACAGUCCAUAUUUUGUCAAUCCACGGAUCGGAGAUUUUGGACUGGUGGCACAAUUAGCGCGAGACUCGGAUGUGGACACCCCAGCGUCCAAAGCAGUUGGCACAGAGUACUAUCGACCACCGGUGUUUCGUGAAGCAAGGGCCAAAGGCCGGGCAGCCGUGGUGGACGAGAAGCUCGACGUCUUCGCUAUGGGCGUGAUCCUAGUUGAGCUUAUUUGGUGUUGCGCAACGCGGACAGAACGAAUGCACGUACUCCAAGGCUUGCAACAAGGACGACUCCCUGUAGGAUUAGCAGCCAAGGUUGAUGCCGAAGGCCACCAGCCAGGCACAGGAGACCAACUAGUCGAUUGCAUCCGAGGGAUGAUUGAGCGUGAUCCAGGUCGGCGAUGGGGCUGUGGCACGGUUGCACAACAGGUCAAGGCACUCCUGGACAAAGCAUGUACAUCAAUGGCGGGCGUUGGCUCUGCUGCUCAAGAGGAGAGCCCGGGCCUGGGCGAGACAUUAAGUAAGAUCACUAGCAUUGAGGAUGCCGGCGAGAGCGAGCAUUUCGGGGAUGGAGGUGCUGGAUGAAACUCUGUUUGAUAUGCUGGAGGUGACGCUGUUCAAUAUACCUAUGAUGCACACCUCUCACAUUUGCAGUUUCCUGGGUCAUUCGUGGUAGUCGGCCUGAAGUUCCGUAGAAGGUCUUUUUUGAUUUUGG